AUGUUCUUUCUUCCUGCGCGUGCAACCCUCGAGACAGUGAAGACACCGAGCUUGAGUUCUCGAGCCAAGAGUUCGUUGCGUGUUGCUCUCAGAUCAUUUCGUCUUCGCAAUCUGUCGAUAAUUGCUGCAAUGCGACAAUUAGCUUGGGCACUCCAUCCCAUUUUCCCAGGAGAAAACGAGGUCACGGCUAGGCCGCCAUUGGCCAACUCUAAGCAGUCAUUAGACACAAUCCCUUAUGUUCGCCGUGCCUCUAUUCACGUCCCUGAGCCCUGGGCAGAGGAAACAGAAACAAACAGUCACGAACACGAGCGGCAGGCUCGAAGCAGGGAGAUAAUCGAUUUGAUAUCAAUAUGUUUUACGAGGUUGAUAACGCUUGGCCUCCUUUAUCUUCCCCGGCAUGGCCUUAGGUGCAGCAAGAUCCAAGUGAAACCCCGCGCGGACGGGGACCAGCGCUUUCAACCACUCAACCUCGAGAUCCUUAUCGCAAGCAAGCCAUUUCACGUUUUCCCCAGGUUUUCCUUUUCCAACAUGACCUUUCCACCCCGCAUUCUACUAAAUCUGAGGCGGGAGAUCGCUUCAUUGUAA